CCCAUGUUCAGUUUUCCCUUAUUCUCACAGUUAUUUAAAUGCUCAAUUGAGGAUGACUCGGAUACCUAUUUUUGAGAAAGACUAUUUGGUGAAAGAAAUCCCUUUGCUCUCAAUUUGAUAACUGGCUCCCUAAUUCUUUCCUCAAUAUGAUUUGCAUUGAUGGCUUUAAUGGCGCAGCAAGUUCUUAUUGGCCUUGAUUCCAUGAAAAUGAUCGAUGAGCUGGAGUUGUUUGGUCCAUCAGAAGUUGAAUUUGGAUUUGAAGAGCUUGAUGAUGAAGUUACAAAUGGUGGUGAUGAUGAAGAUGAAGAUGAUGACAGCGAGGAUGAUGAUGAUGAUGCAGAUGAUGAAUAUGAUAGGGACUGGGUUUCUGUCAUAGAUGAUGAAGAUGAUCAAAAUUACUCUGAUGAGACCCUAGGAGACUGGGCAAAACUGGAGACAAUGCGUUCUUCACAUCCAAUGCAUUUUGCUAACAAGCUUUCAGAGUCUGCAUCGGAUGAUCCUAUCGAUUGUAUGGAAGAGCCCCCAGCAACUUUACUGAUCCAAGGUUUCCUAAGACCUGCAUUCAGUGAAGAGCAUACUGUUAUUCAGAGACAUCUAUCCAGCCGUCAUUCAAGUAAUGGUGAUAUACACGAGGCUCAGAAACUUGAAGAUAAUCUUGAGAAUCGUGGUAGGAUCAAUCAUCAGGGUCAUGAAUCAAGCUCAUCUAAAGAUGGUUUAAACAUGGUAGAUGGAUUGGCUGAAAAUAUUCCAGUGAACGAUGCUUCAUUUUACCGGUUGGAGAUGAUAAAGGUUCAGCUAUGUACAGGACAUGCACAUCCAUUGCUGCUGACAAAAUUCUUUGAUCUUCCCAGAGCAACGUUGAAAUAGAGGAUCUCAUGAAAGCUCAACCUGAUGCAAUCGGGCACUCGGCCGAAAAAAUUAUUUCUCGUUUGAGAGCAGGUGGAGAAAAGACCACACAAGCGCUCAAGUCUCUGUGUUGGAGAUGCAAGGGCAUUCAGG